CGACGAGAAAUUGGGGAGGUUAAAAACUUAAAAUCAUCAAACAAAAUGGGCCUUUUAAAGUGAGCCCAUUACUGGCCCAUCUAAAGUAAAGAUCAACCCGCCGUGUACGAACGACUACGAGAGCCGAUGUGAUUCUUCUUCUUCUUCAACGCUAUGAAUGUAACACUUUGAGUCUUCCAUACGCUGAGAAGAGAUUGGAUUUGAAGUCUCAGAGAUUCUAUUCCAAGAUUGUAGAGUACAUUAUUUGAGCCACGAAAAUGAGGCUUUUGAAAGUAGCGACGUGUAACUUGAACCAAUGGGCUAUGGACUUCGAAUGCAACAUGAGUAACAUCAAGGCUUCCAUUGUCCAGGCUAAGGCUGCCGGUGCCGCCAUCAGGCUUGGUCCUGAGCUUGAGGUCACUGGUUAUGGCUGUGAGGAUCACUUCUUGGAGCUAGACACCGUCACUCACGCGUGGGAUUGUUUAAAGGAAUUGCUGCUUGGUGAUUGGACUAAUGAUAUAUUAUGUAGCAUAGGAAUGCCUGUGAUUAAAGGAGCAGAGCGGUAUAACUGUCAGGUUCUCUGUAUGAACAAAAGAAUCAUCAUGAUUCGACCAAAGAUGUGCCUCGCCAACGAUGGAAACUACAGGGAGCUGAGGUGGUUCACGGCUUGGAAGCAGAGAGGAGAGCUCGAAGAGUUUCACCUCCCCAUUGAAAUCUCAGAGGCCUUGUCACAGGAAUCCGUUCCUUUUGGAUAUGGUUACAUCCAGUUUAUCGACACAGCUGUUGCAGCUGAAGUCUGUGAGGAACUGUUUAGUCCAGUUCCUCCUCAUGCUGAGCUUGCGUUGAACGGUGUGGAGGUGUUUAUGAAUGCGAGUGGGAGUCAUCACCAGCUAAGAAAGCUUGAUAUUCGUUUGAAUGCUUUCAUGGGGGCUACUCACGCUCGCGGUGGGGUUUAUAUGUACAGUAAUCAACAGGGAUGCGAUGGUGGCCGCUUAUACUACGAUGGAUGUGCAUGCAUUGUUGUAAACGGAGAUGUUGUAGCUCAAGGCUCACAGUUCUCGUUGAAGGACGUUGAGGUCAUCACUUCCCAAGUGGAUCUAGAUGCGGUUGCUAGUCUUCGCGGAUCGGUAAGUAGUUUUCAGGAACAGGCAAGUUGUAAAGUGAAAGUAUCUUCAGUAUACGUGCCCUGUAAGCUGACACAGUCCUUCAACCUAAAAAUGACACUAAGCAGUCCGAAGAAGAUUAUGUACCAUUCUCCACAAGAAGAGAUAGCCUUUGGUCCUGCUUGCUGGCUAUGGGACUAUUUGAGAAGAAGCGGAGCUUCAGGGUUCUUGCUUCCUCUUUCUGGUGGAGCAGACAGCUCGUCUGUGGCAGCUAUUGUUGGCUGCAUGUGCCAACUUGUUGUUAAAGAGAUUGCAAAUGGAGAUGAGCAAGUGAAAACUGAUGCGAAACGGAUUGGGAACUAUACUAAUGGAGAGUUUCCUACUGAUAGCAAAGAGUUUGCUAAGCGAAUAUUUUACACUGUGUUUAUGGGGUCUGAAAACAGUUCUGAGGCGACAAAAAUGCGUGCAAAGCAGCUGGCAGACGAGAUCGGUGCAUGGCAUCUUGAUGUUUGCAUAGAUGGCGUUGUCUCUGCGGUUCUAACUUUAUUUCAAACGGUUACUGGCAUGCGUCCUCGGUAUAAGGUUGAUGGAGGAUCAAACGUUGAGAAUCUUGGGUUGCAGAACAUUCAAGCACGGAUGAGAAUGGUGUUAGCGUUUAUGUUAGCGUCUCUCUUGCCUUGGGUUCAUAGCAAACCAGGCUUUUACCUUGUUCUAGGCAGCUCCAAUGUUGAUGAAGGACUUCGUGGUUACCUGACAAAGUAUGAUUGUAGCUCAGCAGACAUAAACCCCAUAGGAAGUAUUAGUAAACAGGAUCUGAGGUUGUUCCUAAGAUGGGCUGCAACGAAUCUCGGUUAUCAGUCCUUGGCAGAGAUAGAAGCUGCUCCACCAACAGCUGAGCUUGAGCCCAUUCGUUCUGACUAUUCUCAGCUUGAUGAAGUCGACAUGGGAAUGACAUAUGAAGAGCUCUCAGUCUAUGGAAGGAUGAGGAAGAUAUUCCGGUGUGGCCCAGUUUCCAUGUUCAAGAAUCUAUGUUACAAGUGGGGAACAAAGCUAAGCCCAGCAGAAGUAGCUGAGAAAGUGAAGUACUUCUUCAAGUAUUAUUCGAUCAAUCGACACAAGAUGACUGUCCUCACACCGUCCUACCACGCUGAGAGUUACUCUCCAGAGGACAACAGGUUCGAUCUGAGGCAGUUUCUGUAUAAUAGCAAGUGGCCAUACCAGUUCAAGAAGAUUGACGAGAUUGUUGACGGCCUAAAUGGUGACUCAGUUGCUUUUCCAGGAGAAGAAGCAAGCUACGGCAAAGAAGUUGGAGUCGUGGCUGCAAAUUCCGGUGAUCCAAGCGCGGGUCUCUGACGAAACCUCUUUACCUCUCUGUUUCAACUUAAAAGUGGAAGUUUGGAACAGUGUGGAAACAAAUAACAUGUUUGUGUUGAAGAGAACAACAAAACAACAGUAACCACUUCCAAUAAGUUUUCUUUUUGAGUAAGUCGAUGAUCAUAUGAUCUUGUUAAAAGUUCAUUAUUAUGCAACAAACUUAUGUUUAUACAUGUUUAAAGUUUAGUUUGAGAGCAUGUUUUCUCAGUUGUAAUAUUUAGUAAAAUAGAUUCAAGUGCUCUACUCAUUGUUAAUGCAUUUGGUUAAUUAUAAA